CGUACGCAAGAUAUCACCCCGUGGCGGUGCACGGCCUCUCUACCCCCAUCGGUGUAUCCCCGUCGGUGCGUAUACGCGUGUGGAUGCAUGUACGUAUGCAUAAAUGCGCGGGUCCCUCUUUUACCUCAAACUGUACCCAACGAGAGCACGUUUUUUCCAUCACCUUCGAAAAAACACGGGCGGCAAAUGUUGGGCGCAACCUGUUGUGAUUGCGAUUGCUCUUGUUGGCCCCAUUGUUGUUGCAAUUAUUGUCGGAGUGACGGGUUUGUGGACACUGGCGAGUUAUGUGAAAACUCGGAGGUGCACGAGUCUCCAGCUGUGAAAGGAGUCGGAGCGGGAAUAGCCACUACUGCUGUUGGACAUCAAAGUAACAGAAAAUCCACGUAGCCAGGGACGCAUCAACAAACAUCGAGAAGAAAGAAAGGCCAUACCCGAAGAGCGAGUGCAAAAAAACACAAGAGGCGGCGGGGGAGUACGAGCCCAUUCAAGCGUAAAAUUGCCAAGCGGAGAAAAGGAGAUGCCGGCGUGGAGGCGCGUUGCCGGCGGUGGUUGUGGCGCAGCCCCGAUCUGGCCCUUCCCCUCCCUACCCGCGAACUGAGCCGUUUCCUGCAGCUUCAGCUUUGAUCCCGCGUAGUCGAGGGAAGACUGCCGCCAAGAUGCUGCCCACCAACAUAGCGUCCUUCGUCAAGAAGAUGGUCACGCAACCGGAGAGCAACUCGAGCACCGCCCAGUCGGAGGACGGCGGUCGAAGCUUCAAUCUCUGGCAAAUCGGCUCGGACCUCAUGACUGCCACCAACAUGUCUAAACUGACCCCGGCUAAGGUCACGCCCAUGGAGAACCUACAGCCCAAGGAGAGCACCCCCGUGAUAGAGCCACCGAAAGCUAAAGCCGAGCAGGAGAAGACGAAUCCGGCGCAGACGUGCAGGAUAUGCCGAAAGUCCAUCAAGCAGGACGACAUUUUCAAGACGUGCCACGAGUGCCAAAAGAACGUUUGCGAGGACUGCGCCUCGUACUCGACCACCACCGACUCGGACGAUCCUCAAAAGUGGUGCUGCAGCGUGUGUCGGCGCAAACUGGCGCAAAAGGAGACGCAAGCGAUGGAGGGCUCGCUCGAGGUGCCGAUGCCCGAGGGCCUCGUGAGGCGGCACAGCGACGCGCGCCUCGGCUCCCAAGUGGUCAGUCAAAUAGGCACCCUCGGCUCGGGUCUCAUGCCACCGCGCAGUCCGGAUCUCGGCAGGAGGCACUCGGACGUCUCGCCCGCGAGUCUCAAGGAUCUCGAGAAGGUUGCAGGGGAGCGCAAGACCGAGGACUGGGAGUUGCGCAGCAAGUCGAGGAGCGGCUCGCCGGAGCGCCAUCAGCAGGAGACCGGCAGGGACCGGCAGCGCAACGCCAGUCCGCAGCGCAAAUCCGGGCACACAGACCAGGAGAACGGCGGCAGCGAGCUCGAGCGGUCGCGUCAGCGGGGCGGUACCCAGCGGCGCAAGUCCCGCGUCUCGCGGCAGCACUCGUACGACGAUGAAAUCAAGAGCUCGGGAGGAGGAGGUGGCCAUCCGGGUCCGGUCGACCCCGGCCUCGGUCUACCCGUCCAGCUGGCCAGGCGCGCCUCCACCUACGACGUGUACUCGUCGGGGGCUGGCCCGGGCCUCGCGGCCCUCGUUACGCCUCACCGCGCUUCCAUAUCGGCCCAAGGUAAUCGCGAGCCGAGCGAGGCCGAGCGCCAGGCAGCCGCGGCCGCGCGUCGGCCGUCCUUCCGUGCCAACAAGCCACUGCUGCCGUACGACGUGGUCGUGCCAGUCGUCGACGACGACAAGAUGAUCACCCUCGACACCGCGCCCACGCCACCCGAGGUCGAGACCAUCGGCGCCCCUGCCGAGGAGGUGCGCAAGAUACGACGAGGCUCCAUACUGCCGAACGUUCCGAUCGGGGUGGUGAGACCAGCUGCAGUGCCGGCUGUAGUGCCAAAGCAGAUUGCCCGCGUGAACGUCGACGAGCGCGAGCUGGUCAGGCAGGGCAGUUUGGCCGACGGCGAGGCCAUUAAAAUCGUCAUCCACGACGUCGACUGCGACAUGCUGCCGAGAGCAAACGCCAAGAGAAAAGUCACCCUCCGGAAGGACGUGGUCGUGGAGAAGGGACACAGAACGCGCAGUUUCGGCAUGAGGGUGGUGGGCGGCAAGAUCGCCGCCGACAAGCACCAGUACGCGUACAUCGUGUGGACGGUGCCGGGAGGUCCGGCUGAAAAUAGCGGCUUGCAGCAGGGCGAUAAGGUGCUGGAGUGGGGCGGCGUCCCGCUGGUAGACCGCAGUUUCGAGGAGGUGGCGCACAUUAUCGACCGGAGCGGCGAUAUCGUUGAGCUCAUCGUCGAGCACACGUCAGACACGAGCGGGGACGCCCUCGACGAGCCGCCGGCAGCGCCGGAGAAGGCGCCCACCAGCCUCGGACUCGGCCAACUCGAAACGGAAUCAAGCAAAGCCCCAUCGUAACCAACAAAAAAAAAAAAAAUUGAAAACGCAGAGCAACUGGCCAAGGAGCGGCAAGUGACGGGCCGCGUGCAGAUACAGGUGUUGUACGAGGGUGACCGCAAGGAGCUGAUAGUCUCGGUAUUCGCGGCGGACGACCUGUGCUCGCGCGAGGACACCGGCUACGGCACGGCCCCCGAAGCUUUCGCCAAACUCGAUCUCGUCUCCCCCAACGGGGACUCGAUAUCGCUGAAGACGGACGUGGCCGAGGCCACGCACAACCCCAUCUGGAACGCGACCCUCAACUUUACGAACGUGGGGGGCGAGCAACUGAUCGACCGGCUGAUCGACGUCACCAUCUGGGACUACUGCCCGGACAGGGAGUGCGUCUUCAUCGGCGGGUGCUCCAUCGACCUCGAGAGCGCCUUCGAGGCCGACCGCGCCGUUUGGUACCGGUUGGAGGAUCGCCGGGGGCUGCGCUCGGGAAAGUCGCCGCAUUGUUCUCCCCGGGGCUCCCUGUCGAUCGAGCUCGCCCAGCGUCUCCUGCGGCGCACAGAUUUGCGCGAGCGUAGCUACAGCGACGACACCCAGAGCGACAGCGGCAGCCCCGAGCCGUACUUUUUGCAUCCCGAUCACGCGUGGCUGCCCGGCUCGCGACGCGGCUCCAGCCAAUCCGAGCAGCUCGAGAUCGAGCCUUACGAGCUCAGCAAGGACUACAGCCGAUCCCUACCUGGUAGCAGGCGCAGCAGCUUCCAGAGCCAGGUCGGCGGGGGGGUCGGCAGCGCCAACGACAGCAAACGUGGUAGCAUGGGCGACGCGGACGUCUCGGGUGUCAAUUACCACAGGGAGAGGCGGCGCAGCUCGUUCGCCCGGCCAAUGAGGGACGAGAAGGAGAUCCUCGAGACGUUGCGCAUACUCAAGGCCCAGGGUACCAAGGCCGAGCUCUCGCGCACCAUGAGCCUGUCCGGCGAGAAGAGACGGCCCAACCGUGACUUAAAAAUACAAGAUUGAAUCGUAGGAGCGAGUGACCGCAGAGAAAGCAGCGUCCUGGAAUUGGAAAGACGCACUUAUGAUCGAAACAGCGAAUCAGAUGAAGAUGAGAAAUUGAGUCAGCCGAUAAUAGAGCCAAUUAUAAAGGGAGAGAACGGUGUUGACCUUCCACUUGGUCCCGGGCAAGUUGCACCAAAGACCUUCAGGCCAUCUAAAGAUCAACAAAGCGGCAAAGUGAAGCUCGCCAUAUUUUUGAGCAAAGGUAAUCUCGAGGUCGAAGUUAUCUCUGCAAAAGAUAUAUGCCCUCUCGACGCGGAAGAACCAGACACGUACAUAAAGACGUACUUGCGGGCCGAGGAGCGCUGGUUGCACAAGCGCAAGACUCGGGUAGUGCGGCACUCGCGCAACCCCCAGUAUCGGCAGACCCUAAAGUACGCGAGCUGCGACGCCUUGGGACGCAACCUCCUGGUCAUGCUGUGGCAGAAGAAACAAGGCUUUGAGAGCAACCAAGGCUUGGGUGGGGCUGAAAUCGACCUCGAAGAGCUGGCCUUGACCCGCUUGACCCUCGGUUGGUACCACCUCUUCCCGAUACACACCCUGGGCACCCAAACCGCUGACUCGCCAUGAUGGUUAAGGGAAAAAUGGGCCCUCGAGGCUGGCGAACUCGAUCUUAGGCUGAGCUUGCUACUCAACGACGAGUCCGUCAAGAUCGUUUCGUGAUGGGAUACCAGCGAAUUUCCGAGAAAUAUCGCUCGCUCACGUCUCGUUCGCACGUUUUUUUUUUUACUACAUCCUUGGAUUCUUUCAUUCGAAGCAAAAAAGAGAGGAAGGACUCGUACGACAAUCAAUUCAUCGGUCGCGAUAUCUUUGACAAAUGUAUAUCUCCAAGGAUUAUGAACGAUUUUACACUCACUAUAAAAUGGACAAUCAUUCGAAAAUAUUUGUGUGUGGCUGUGUCCUGCUUCGUAAAAUAAUGAAGGAAAUUUAAAAAAAAAAAAAAAAAAAAGGAGUUUUCGUUUAUGGAUUUGGUAUAGCUUAAUCAGUCGUUGGUGCGACGAUAAAUCAACGAGUUGUGGGCGUAAGUGAAAGAAAAAAAAAAAAAAAUUAAUUUACGCUCAGAACGUGCGAACGAGACGUUAUUUCAAUCACGAGACGACGAUGGUUCCAUUUUUCCCGAAUGUGCGCAUUUACGAAGGAUACGUAUGAAAUGCAAAAAAAAAACUUCAGUAAAGCCCAUUGAAGUAGGACUUGAAAAAAAGUGUGCGCAACAUUCUGCUAUGCUCAAUCGACAUCUGAUUCUUUGGGAUUUCAUUGUCUGGUUGAUCCAGUUUGUGAUUCGAAUGAGUAUCGCGUGAGCGCUUUUUCCUUACGCUGCGAAACAAUCUGUUGGGGUGAAAUUAUUUUUCCGUGAAAUGCUUGAUUCAAUAGUUUCGUUGACAACUACGUUAUUUUUAACCAUAUUUUUGUUAGUAUUGUUCAAUAGUUGGUGUAACAACUUUUUAACGUUAAAUCACAAUGGUAAUGAUCCUCUUUUUACUGAUGCAUUACUAAAUUAUGACGUUACUUUUGCGUUUAAAGGAAAUUUCUCAAGCAAAACUUUGAAACCCUACGUCGGUGUAAUCCUAGAAUUAAUGACAAAAAUAUGUAGACAUGUAGUGCUUGCUGGUCGAGCGCUACUUUAAUAAAAGUUUUUAGAUUUGUCACAACAGCCAUUUGAGUACUGUAAUUUGCUAAGAUCCUGUAGAUAAUAGACAACAGCUAUGAAAACUAUGUAUUGGUGUUUAGAGAGGCCUGACGGUUAUUUUGUUGCUCCGGUAAAUUAGCCGAGGCAUGAAUAUUGAGUUAAAAAAAAAUGAAAUAUUGAUUGAAGCGGUUGGACUAAAAUUAUAAGUGAUUCGCUUAUUUUCGGAUAUUCAAGGAAAGAGGCUGAGCAGAUUUUACUCAUUGCCUCGUAGUUUUUUAAUUGUAAAAUAUUUAUAUGCAAGUGUAACGAUUAAUACGAUUUGGAGUUGUAAAGAAAAGGGAAAAAAACCCUGAUCUAAGAACUUGACUCACUUGCGAUAACGUAACGAAGAAGUGGCAUGUCGGUGACUGAAAGUUAGAGAAAAUUGU